AUGUCAGAAUGCUUGAUGAUCAUCUACGACCCCGGUUCUGUUUGCUACCGAGAUUGCGGGGUCGCUGCGCUUCUGUUGGAAAUCCAAGUGGUUUCUUCAAUACUUAAGGUGCUCGGCCUCCUACUGAGGAAUUGCCGGACCGUGGGGACCGUAGGAAGGCCAGCAGUAGCGCCAACAAUUGCCAGAAGCAAACACGUCCUAGCCAGAGAGGAUGACGACAUUACAUGGGAUGACAAGCCGAAAAUCAAGUGGAAGGAUCUCACCAACGAAGAAUUCGGACCAGGGAUGAGGUUCUUCGUAGAAGCCGAAUCAAAGGUGCAGGAUAAGCUCAAGGAAAAGGAGCUGUUCAUCAAAACCGGAAGAGACGAGGAACGCUUGAAGAACGAGAUAGAGGCCUACAAAAUCCUCGAGGUAACGUCGACCGCUGAGGAAACGUUGAUCGCGCCCAAGUUCCUGGGGCUCGUCCGUGAAGGACGACACGGUGGUCGGGUUCGUGCUUCAGCAGAUUAUUAA